UUUCUUACAGGCUUUUCUGAGUGUUUGAGAGGGAUUUGGAGCGUCUGACUGGCGUUGAGAAACACACAACCACCCCGCGGAAGAGCAACAACCACCGGAGCCCUAAAACACGCUGAAGUUCUGCCGCAGACGCGCCUACGUUCUGUUCCGGCGAUGAUUCGCUGACCUCGUCCCGUUGAGAAGUCGUCCUGCAGUAGAGUCCUGCAGCAUUCGCGAGGAUCCAGUGGCGUUCCGGUCAUGUCCUUCGUCCCGCCGGAGAGUUCCCAGCCCGUGUCUGAUUGGCUGAGUGGCCUCCGCCUCGACCAGUACUGCCCGGCCUUCCAGGAGGCGGGGCUGGGAACGCUGUGGGAGUGUCAGGAUCUAAGCUCCGCCCAGCUGCAGCGGAUGGGCGUGGCUCUGCCCGGCCACAGGAAGCGGAUCCUCGGCAGCCUGCGCAAGCUCCUCCCCUCGGAGGCGGGAAUGGAGGAGGACGAGGAGCGAGAGGAGGACAGGCCCGUCGCCCGAGAGAGGACCAAAUUCAGAAGGACUGCAGACGACGGGGCGACGGAAAACAGCGUCGCAGGUAGACGUCCACCUCCCAUCCCGCCUCGGGUCACGCCCAAUCGACCCCCCGUUCCCUUCACGCCCGGAUCGAUAACCACGGCGACCGCUCCUGAGCCUAUCAGCAUCCCUGAACAAAAGGAAACGCCCACACCUGCCAGUCGAGCCAAGCCCAUCCCAACUCCGAGGCCACGCCCAGAACACCUGCCUCUUAAAGGGCCGGCGCAGCAACUCCAGACGAGCGAGAGGAAACCGUCCCGUGUGUCUCCCACUCUCUCGUCCUCCUCAUCGGAGCGCUUCCACCUGUAUGAACAGUGUUCAUCUCCCACUCAAGGAGAAGUGGGCGUUCCUCCUCUUCCUCCUAAGAGCUACACGGUGGGCGUCUCUAAAGAGCCCAGAGACGUCCCGAACAGACACCCUGUUCCACACACCGCCUCGCGUCUCCUGCAACACGACUGCGAGUCCCAGAAGCACGCUGUCCAGAAGCCCUCCCACAAUCAGGUACAGAAAGGGUCCAGUAGUGUUGUGCCGCCCAUCACUCCGUCUGAUGAGCUGGAAAACUUCGUCACAGGCUCUGCUGGCCUUUCCACAAUGCUGUCAGAACGCAGGGGUUUCAGUUUUCACAAUGACACAUGA